UUGCUUUUUGCUUUUGGAUUUGAAUCAGAUCAAGAAUCGACUCACUGUAUGUUGUUUUGGGGGUUACUAGUAUCGCCAAUCAUUUUCAUUUACCUGUGCGUUCUCCUCGCUGUUGAUUGCGCUUCACCUGUGUCUGCCUACAGGAUCUAAGAGUUGGGGAGUUUUGUACUUUAGUAUUGGAUCUUUUUUCACCAAUAACAGACUUACAGGCUUCUGUGGUGCACUGAAGCAGAGUUGUUUGAACCAAGUGGGCCCAAACGUUGCGAUAGUGUGCUGGAAACAUGCUGCGAUUUCUGCGCAAGGACAACUCGCACAAUGAGGCCCUUGUGUUUGACAAUGUGUCAUCUGGUCUCAAGCAGAUGUACAGGGAGAAGCUGAGACCUUUGGAAGAGGCAUACAAGUUUGGAGAGUUCCAUAGUCCCCUAUUGGGUGAUGCUGAUUUUGAUGCCAAACCCAUGAUCUUGCUGCUUGGCCAGUAUUCUACAGGAAAAACCACUUUCAUUCGAUAUUUGUUGGAGAAUGAUUUUCCUGGCAUCCGCAUCGGGCCUGAGCCAACAACAGAUCGAUUCGUUGCUGUGAUGCAUGGCGACAAAGACCAGGUCGUUCCUGGCAAUGCUGCUGUUGUGGAUCCCAAUCGUCAGUUCCGGUCCCUGUCCCAAUUUGGCAAUGCGUUCCUGUCGCGCUUUGAGGUGUCGUGUGUGAAUAACAAAGUGCUGCAGCAUGUGAGCAUCAUCGACACUCCUGGCGUUUUGUCCGGAGAAAAGCAGCGUGUCGACAGAGGCUAUGACUUUGAAGGUAUCGUGUCGUGGUUCGCCCACCGUGUCGACCUGAUCAUUCUGCUCUUCGAUGCUCACAAGCUGGACAUCUCUGACGAGUUCCGACGCUCCAUUGGAGCUCUGAGAGGUAAUGACCAGAAGAUCCGCAUUGUCCUGAACAAAGCUGACAUGAUUACCAACCAGCAGCUGAUGCGCGUCUACGGUGCUCUGAUGUGGUCGCUGGGCAAGAUCAUCCAGACGCCCGAGGUAUCGCGCGUCUACAUAGGCUCCUUCUGGGAUCGGCCGCUCAACAACGACGAGAACCGCGACCUGUUUGAGAAGGAGCAGGAAGACCUGUUCCGAGAGAUCCAGUCGCUGCCACGCAGUGCGGCCGUGCGCAAAGUCAACGACCUCAUCAAGCGCGCCCGCCUCGCCAAAGUUCACGCGUACAUCAUUGCACACCUGCGCAACGAAAUGCCGUCGUUCUUCGGCAAACAAGCCAAGCAGGAGGAGCUGAUCAAGAACCUGAAGGGUAUCUACACCCAUAUCAGCAAGACCUUCCAGCUGCCACCCGGCGAUUUCCCGCACAUGCAGUCCUUCCAGGAUAAGUUGAAGGACUAUGACUUCACCAAGUUCAACAAGAUCAACCCCAAGCUGCUGGAAGCGGCCGACAGCAUGCUGACCAAGGACAUUGCGCAUAUCAUGCAACUGAUCCCGACGGAGGAGCGUAACGACGACCACGAGAUGACCGGUGGCGUGUUUGGCUCUGGAGGUGGAGCGGACGGUGGUCCGCCGAAGUACGAUCCGUUCACGGUGAGCGGGGCGCGCGGUGUCAACGCCGGUGCUGAUUCUCAUGACUGGAUUGUUCUGGAGUUCAAGGAAGAGUAUGACGCAAUCUUCCGCCGCCUUGGCCCGGUCAAUGGCAAGCUGACAGGGUCACAGGCACGCACUGAAAUGGUCAAGUCCAAGCUGCCCAACGCUACCCUGCGCAAGGUCUGGAACCUAGCAGAUGUGGACCACGACGGAAUGUUGGAUUGUGACGAGUUUGCUCUGGCAAUGUACCUGAUCCGUGUCAAACUGGAGAACAACGAUCUGCCAGAAGACCUGCCCUACCACCUGACACCACCCAGCAAACGUGGCCUUGGCGACGACCUUCAAGAUGGUGAUGGAGCUGCGAGCGGAAACGGCAAGCCACCCUCUGCACCAGCAGCUGCUGAUGACGAUGAUGAUGUCAUUGUUACCACUACCACUGUUGCAUACACUGCGCCCGAUCCGUAGGCUUUCGGCAAUUACCAAACUGGCCUGACAUCUUGAACUCGUGUUCUUCUCCCUGUUGGUACAGUCAUUGUACAGCGCGUGCGAGCAUGCCCACGUGUAUGUGUUUUUUAUUAGUCUUUGGGUAAGUACUGCUGGCAGUAUUUUUAUGUACGACCUAUCUUCCUUUUUCUGCUUCUUUCACCUGGUGACUCUCCCUUUUCUGCUCUUCCAGAUCAUGUCUCCUUUUGGACAACGUUGUAUUUAGGUCAUCUGUAACUACUUUAAAAUGAAAUAUCACCAAAGUGCGUGUUCCCUGCCUGUGUUGCUCCGCAUAUCUCAAUGCUGCGUUGUUACAUUUCCUAGAUUUAUGAAGCGGAGCUUCGCAAACACGGCAUCACAAAAAGAUUCACAAUUCCCCAUACUUGGUUUGUCUGUGGAUGAUUUUUCAAGGCUCCCACAUUGUCAUUGCUUUUGUACUUGUAUCCAUAUUCGAUUUUUCAACAUUGUACAGUUUAUCAAGUUUGUCAUGCGUAGGUUUUGUACCUCAUUUCUGUUCUUGUUUUUGAAAGUCUUUUUAUGGCAAUAUGUUUAGGCCGCGUGUACAUUUUUGCUCUUUUAUUAUUAUCAUUAUCAUUAUCUGGUAGGCUGUUUUCUAUUGUGUUGGAGUUAUGAGAAAAGUGCGUGUAUUCUUGAAGCAUUGCCCCGUUUUCAAUGUUCUUGACCUAUCCGUAGUUCUGUAGCGGCAAUAUUUACAUAUUUUCCUCCUUCUCGUAGAUCACAAUGGAUUGGGAGAUAUGGUUGCUAUCUGCCAGAUGUGGCUAUGGUCACUAUUACAGUAUUUACUUCUCAGUAGAUCUACUGUGUACCGGUAUUGGUCUUUUCCUACAA